ACAAUUCAAAUUGCAUUCAAAUCUGCAUUCCGCGAGACGACAAAUCCUUGUGAUUAUUAUUAUUAUUAUUAUUAUUAUUGUUGUUGUUGUUGUUGUUGUUGUUUUGUUUAUUGUUUACGUUUUAGGGUUUGAAGCACCGAAAUGGAGGGCAAAGCAAUCACCACCGAGGUCCUUCGUGCGGCCAUUCAGAUUGAAGGCACAGCCGACGAAGGGAUUGAGGAGCGCAAGCAAGUGCUCCCUGUGAAUGAGAUUCGCUGGCUUAACUUCUCUUUUAAAGGUUCUUUUUGGUCGUGACCGUCAUUCCUUUGGAAUUAAGAAUAUUGAUUACCUGGUUGGCUUGGAGCGUCUUGUUAAGCUACAGCUUGACAACAAUAACAUCACAAAGAUUGAGAACUUAGAACAUCUCCACACACUUACCGACCUUGAUCUUUCUUUCAACAAAAUAGAGAAGAUCGAGAAUUUAAGCGGGUUGACGGGGCUUCUGGACCUGUCCCUAUACAAUAACAAGAUUACCGUGCUUGAGGGCCUUGAGGCGUUAGAAGAAAUUAAGUCGCUAUCUUUGGGAAACAAUCAAAUUAAAGACCUGGACAAAGUAUUGUAUCUGCGACAAUUUCGUUUCUUACGGUUACUGUGUCUUGAAGGCAAUCCCCUCUGCAUGGACCCAGAGUACAAGCUUUUCACGAUAGCAUGGAUGCGCAACUUAUUGUACCUCGAUCAUCAUUUCUGCUUUGCAAGCUUGGUCAAACAAGCUAGAGAAGUGUAUCAAGAUGCAAUGACAGAAGUGCAGGAGAAGGACAAGCUGGACACCAUUGCCUGGACCCAACGCAGAGCAUCCAGGGUUCAAAUCAAAACAUUCAUGUUGGCACAUCUAGAUCAUGUUAACGAGUUCUUUGACUAUAUGUUUGAAAAAGAUCCUGAGCACCGCAAACUUCUGACAAUACCCGGGCUGGUUGUAGCUGGAAUCGAUGCGUAUCGCCAAAAGUUUAGAACUGCGGCAGAUGAUCUGAUCGCGAAAGUAGUCGGACUUCACGAAAAACGAUGUGAGGAGAGGCGCCUGUAUGAGCUUGCCGUUCAGGGUGUCCUCGCACGGCGAGAUGGUGAAGGUCGUGAACUCCUUCGAAGUUUGCACAAAAAGAAGAAAAAGGUGUUUCAACAUUGUCGAUCGGACCGGACCACUGCAGAGGCGAACAUGAUGGAAUUGUAUACCGAUAUAGACGUUUUAAAAGAAAAGUUGUUCGAGAUUGAAGUCGAAACUUAUGGUGAAAUAAAUAAAUUGUGGAAUGAAUUUGAAGAUUCGUUUUACGAAACCCUUGAUCAUGCCAAAAAUUUCUUCGCAGAUUUCUUCGGUCAACUAAGAACGGCAGAGGGCGAAUGGUCUGAAACUCUACUAACAGCUUCAGCAGCUAUCGCAGAAAGAUACGAUGCUGGUGAUGUCGAAGAGGAAGUGGAUGACGUUGCUUUUGCUCUAUUAUCCGACAGAGAGGCGAUGACCAAUUGCAUUUCAGCCUCGAAAGAUGGACAUGGGCUCACAAUGGAUAUGGAGGAGGAUAUGAAAGUAAAGGCCAUUGAAGCUUUGCGAAAGAAAACUUACGAGGAAGGCAUCAUGUUCAUGAUCAAGCGUAACCGAGAAAAAAUCUCUGAAAUCUGGUUCAUAAUUGAUAAAAAUAGAGACGAAAUCGAUUUCAUGAAGCAACAAGUCCUUCAUGGUGAUGUUUCUAGUGUGCGAGCUUGAUUUCCAGGCAUGUUAUUGCAGCAUCCUGAACCAAAGAUGCUUCCUUUGCACCCUCUACUGGCUUAACAUGAUUACUAAGUGAAAGAAAUGACAAUAUUGGUUAAGAUAACGUAGAACAUAAGUUAGAACGAUGAGAAAAAAAAGAAAAAAAAGAAAAAUAUUACCAUUUGAGAGCGCUCCACGUAAAAACAAAACAACGUGAACCUCGUGGGCUUCAUCAGCAGGUGGCAAGGAAGCAUGCUUUCUUGGACACUUCUGCUCAUACAAAUAAGGCCAUUAAACUAGUGCACCUGCACAGUUGAUUGUUGAGUUGAGGGAGGCCACACGCGGAAAAAUUUGCAGCUGUUCGGCUGCAUAUUCGAAAAUCAUGAGCAUGUGCUGCACAAGAUGGUGACCAAUACUAUCAUGAUCCACUCAAAGCCCCAUAUAGAUUCUCGUCAAAGCCGCAGGGUAAUUGGUGUUAGUUGACAAUGGUCCUUGUCAUUCAGAAUUUUAUUCAGUAACUAGUGCUUAAGUGUGUAUGUUUGGGUAUGGAUAUGGUGUAGAUAUGAUUGUUUAUGCUCCAAAUAAGACGCUUAAUAAAUAAAAUAAAAUAGACAAGGUGGUGUUGAUAUGAAGAUAUUAUUCAAUAUGAUGCAAUAAGUUUAAGUUUAGUGGAUUUUUUUUUCAAAAUCAACUUAAAACGUGAUUUUAAAAGUU